AAAGCGUUUGUAACCUUGUGUUAAGUUGUCGAGUGCCUUCCUGGCUUAUGUACGGAUGGAUUCCUGUAAUCCAGCUGCUGAUUCCCUAUAAAAAGGCAGCGGUGCUGAGACGUAAUCGACAGUUCUUCCCGAACAACAGCAACAAGAUGAUCCGCAACAUGAUUGCAGUUUUUGCUUUCCUCGUGGUGUUUGCAUCGAUGGUCGUUGAAGCUGCUCCUUUCUUGGGUCUGAUAGAAGGUUUGCUUGGCGGACAUGAUCAUCAUCAUGACCAUCACCACGGACAUGGGGGCUAUGGUUAUGGUGGCUACCCAAGCGCUUACGGAGGCUACCCAGGUUCUUAUGGAGGCUACCCAGGUUCUUACGGAGGCUACCCAAGUUCUUACGGAGGCUACCCAGGUGGUUACGGUAGUUACGGUGGUUACGGAUAUGGUGGACAACAUUACGGCAAAUAAGCCUGUUAAACCAAAGACAACGCCCAGAGCGACAAAGACAAUAUUUAAAUGAAAUUAUUGACUGAAUCCUCAACAUUUUCGGAUGAGAUUAUAUUAACAAUAAAAGAUAAUUAUUCCCGUUUGUAAAAAUUGCUGUUGUAUCAGUUUAAUAAGAGCAAGAAUGAUAAAAAUUACGAGCCUGAAAAUAAGCACACAAUAUAAACAAAACGUUUCAAUUAUA